UGUGUACAUAAAUCUCACUAGAUGGUAUAUAUUAGCAUACAUAUAUGAUCGAUCGUUGGGAGGUCCCCAUUCUGACCAGCACCAUGUGUAUAGCUUUUCACACUUGUUUAUGGUAAGAAUGCAAGGGAGGUCAAGGGAUACAUAUUUUACUCAUUUGGCCCGUUCAAAAGCGCAACCCAAUCCUAAAGAAGUGGCCUCCUUAAUUUGCUUGGCUCUGACAUUUCUCUCAAGAAAACCGGGCACGGUGGAGCAGGAGAGAUGGAGGCCAAAGCCAUCCAAGCCCGUCUCUCUCGCCCUCUGGCCUUGUACUUGACCCAAGCGUUCGACAUCUGUUCCUCGCUAUCGGCCGACGUGGUGCUCCAUCGUAUCGAGUCGAUAUGGUGGUGGGUGAGAGCGGCGGUGGUCGUCCCGGUCGUGAAGGCCGCGGUCCUCUCGUGCCUCGUCAUGUCGGUGAUGCUCGUUGCGGAGAAGCUGUCCAUGGCCCUCGUCAGCCUCUACGUUGCGGUCUUUCGUCGGACGCCGGAGAAGGUCUACAGAUGGGAGCCCUUGUCAUGGGAUAUGGAGCUGGGCUCCUCAGCCUAUCCCAUGGUCCUAGUCCAAAUCCCCAUGUUUAAUGAGAGAGAGGUACCUAAUUACUUAACUCCCAUUAACCAUUUACCGUUCACCAUUCCUCUCUCUCUCUAGCUUCCAUAGGUAUGGGUUUGGUUCUGAGUGUCAAAGAGUUGAGGCAUAGGGAGCAGAGUAAUUGGUUCAAGCACGUGAACCCAUUGGGUUUUGCAGUGCUGGACUUGAUGUCCCCCCACCCACUUGUCACUUGGGUAAGGCUGAUACUGCCACAAGCUUGCGGUGGACUGAUGGUAGUCAUGUGGCAAGGGAGACUCGGCUUUCAGAAAAGGAUAUAAUAUGGAACAAAUGAUGGGGUGUCCAGGGCGAGUUGUCUCUUUAGUGGGCUCGGUGGGUCACAUCGGAUGGAUAUAACGACCGGGAUGGGGGUCAAAAGGAAUAGGUUUGGCUCGGCACCGCCAGUGGUUACCGUAAGAUCUAAGUAAAUGUUAGGUGGUGCAACGGGAAUUAGAAUGUGGUCGUUGGAUCAUGCAUGCAUGGAUAUUGACAUCGAGCCCACGACGGAGGGAAACAUUCCCAUGAAACUUGUUAGGAGGUCUGUUUUUUUUCUUGAUAGAAGUGUUAGGACGUCUGUUGC